CAACCCGUGACGCUAUCUCACACACAUGUAUACCCGAUAACAUCCACCAACACACCAAAUCCAACACAAAGAAAAAGAUACCACUAUAUAACUAACUUGCACGAAAAGACACAUAUCAGAAUCAUCAGAACCAGAUGAGGGGAUCAACGAAGGAGACGACGUUCUUGCAAGAACUGCUAUUAUACGCAGCAAGCGCAGCCCUCAGUUCUCUCGUCCUCUUCGUCGGACUCAAACAUCUCGAUCCGAAUCGAGAAGCUUCCAAAAAAGCCCUAGAACAGAAGAAAGAAAUCUCCAAGCGGUUAGGUCGUCCUCUUAUUCAAACCAAUCCAUACGAGGAUGUGAUUGCGUGCAAUGUGAUAAAUCCUGAUCAUAUUGAUGUGGAAUUUAACUCCAUUGGAGGGCUGGAAUCCAUCAAGCAAUCGCUAUAUGAAUUGGUCAUAUUACCCUUACGUAGGCCUGAGCUUUUUUCUUACGGGAAGCUACUUGGGCCCCAAAAAGGUGUUUUGUUGUAUGGCCCGCCUGGUACGGGGAAGACUAUGCUUGCAAAAGCUAUUGCAAAAGAGUCGGGGGCUGUUUUUAUCAAUGUCAGAAUAUCAGAUUUGAUGAGCAAAUGGUUUGGAGAUGCAUCAAAACUCGUUGCUGCUCUAUUUAGUUUGGCAUACAAACUCCAGCCUGCGAUAAUCUUCAUUGACGAGGUCGAUAGUUUUCUCGGUCAGCGCCGAAGUACGGACCACGAAGCAUUAGCCAAUAUGAAGACAGAGUUUAUGGCUUUAUGGGACGGUUUUACCACCGAUCAGAAUGCUAGAGUGAUGGUGCUUGCGGCAACUAAUCGGCCGUCAGAGCUUGAUGAGGCAAUACUUAGACGACUUCCACAGGCGUUUGAAAUUGGGGUACCUGACCGAAAAGAAAGGGCUGCGAUUUUGAAGGUAAUCUUAAAGGGCGAGAGAGUAGAGGAUGAUAUCGAUCUGGACUCUAUAGCUGCGUUGUGUGAAGGUUAUACCGGCUCGGAUCUUUUAGAGCUCUGUAAGCAAGCGGCUUAUUUUCCCAUCAAGGAUCUUCUAGAAGAUGAAAAGAAGGGGACGUCAUCAGAUUUGCCAAGAGCAUUAUCAGAAGCAGAUUUGGAGAAAGUGGCGAUGACAUCCAAAAAGACGAAGGUUGCAGCCGGGGAGUACGGCUCACAAUCCGAGGUAUGGUCGGUGCCAAGGGAAACACCUGAUCCCGAUGAUGAUUUUCAAGUUCAAGCUGCCAUUAAUGAGCUGUCCAAGAUUGUUGCUUCCCAGAUUAUCAACAUCAGAUCAGACAGUCAACAGCAUUGAUGAUAUUAUCUCCCAUUUUUGAAUACUUAAUAUUAUUAUUAUUACUGUUUUUAUCUAUCAUGUGCAAUAGUCUCAUGUCAAAAGGAAUGGGUAUUUUGGGCAUGUUUUGUAGUAUAUUUUUCGAAUAGUUGUGAUAUGACACUUUUAGGGCGAAGUUUCAUAUUAGCUCUCAGAUAUAAUUUGAUUAUUUAUAAGAAAAUUUAAAACAUGUA